UGACAGUGACUGACUGCGACAGGCACACACACCAUCACCACCAGCAUGGCAAGCCACUACUUCCACAUCGCCGACUACGUUGUCUUUGGCCUGACCAUCGUCGUCUCCGUGGGUAUCGGGAUCUACUACGCUUUUAGCGGCGGCCGUCAGAAGACCACUUCCGAGUACCUGGUCGGCGGCCGCUCCAUGAGUUUCAUCCCAGUCGCCAUCUCGCUACUGGUCAGCUUCGAGUCGUCCAUCAUGAUGCUGGGACUCCCAGCAGAGGCGUAUGUCUACGGCAUGCAGCUCCUGAUGGGGAACAUUGGCACCCUGAUCUCCCAACUACUGACCAUCCAUCUGGUGGUGCCGCUUCUGCAUCCGUUGAAGAUCACUAGCGCUUAUGAGUACCUGGAGCUAAGGUUUCAGUCCCGCUGGGUGAGGUUACUCGGUACACUUAUGGGCAUGUUGACCUACGUCUGGUACAUGGGUAUAGUCUUAUUUGGCCCAGCAGUCGCAUUAGAAGCAGUGACCGGGUUUUCCCUGUGGAACUCUAUUGUUACAAUCUCGUUAGUGUCUGUCAUCUACACAUCCAUAGGUGGCCUUAAGGCUGUAGUUUGGACGGAUGUCUUUCAGGCAUUUGUUAUGUAUGCUGGGAUAUUCUCCAUCUUAAUCAAGGGUACCAUAGAGGCAGGCGGGGCCAAGAAUGUUUGGGACAUCGCUGAACGUGGAGGCCGAUUCAACUUUUUCAAUUUUGACCCUGACCCCAGGACACGUCACACGUUUUUCAACCUCUUUUUCGGUUCCAUCAUCCGGGGCUUUGGCCUCGGUUUCAACCAGAGCACAGUGCAGCGUAUCAGCUCCACAAAGACGCAGUUGGAGGCCAAAAAGAUGCUGUUGAUUACCGCCCCUUGCUACCUGAUCUCCUUAGCCAUCUCCAUGUAUGAAGGGGUUGUGGCCUACGCUUUCUACGAGACUAAGAAAUGUGACCCGUUUGAAUCGAAACAACUGGCCGACCCUAAUCAGAUUAUCCCAUUGAUUGUCAUGGAUAUUUUUGCGGACCUACCCGGCAUGCCUGGAUUAUUCCUGGCAUCCUUGUUCAGUGCCUCCCUAAGCACCCUCUCCUCUGGGCUAAGCAGUCUCUCCGCCUUGCUGUGGGCUGACGUCAUACAUCCCAUCCUGGGGCCUAACGUGUCAGAGACUAAAGCCACCAUCAUAGCUAAAGGCUCGGUUCUUCUCUUUGGCAUCAUGGCAUGUGGAAUCGCUAUUCUGGUCUCACAGAUUGGCGGCACACUUACCCAGAUAACAGGAAGUCUUCUAUCGGCCUUUGCUGGACCCCUCACAGGUUUAUUUUUUCUGGCGUGUUUCUUCCCCAGGGUGAAAGCUAGGGGGGCGCUAAUCGGGGGCGCCGUCGGGCUCGCCUUCUCAGUCUGGCUCUCCCUGGGGAUAACGUUCUCCCCCUCCAAGAAGGCCACGCCCUGGCUGCCCGCCGCAUCCACGGACAACUGCCCGGUAGGUGACGUCACAUACAACGUCACCAACACCUCCAUGGCCUUCAGCUACGUGGAGAACGUGACCUACGUUGCCAUGACGACCGUGAGCGAAAACAUCACGACGGUGGUGAAAACAGCGAGGGAACCGGUUGGUGUAGAACUCAUGUACACCAUAUCCUACCUGUGGAUAUCAGUGCUGGGCACAUUUUCAUGUAUCCUGGUCGCUUUAGUCGCUAGUGUAUUUACAGGUAUGAACAAGCCAGGGGACGUUGACCCUAGGUAUCUGAUCAGCAUGUCCGGGACGAUGCUCAUCUGUUUCCCUAAGCCGGUCAUCAAGUUUUUCAGCUCGAUGGGACCCCAGUACAUGAGGGAAGAGUUCAAGGCCAAGUUUCCAGACCCUGCUGCGCAUGCGCUAGUGCUGCAGACGCCCAUAGAAAUUACAAUCGACGCAGCGUCAGAAGAUGAGGAUUUCGAAGAUCGGCAGACGUCGGAAAAACCCUUUUUGAUGAAAAGUCCGGAUAACGACCUCAGCACGUCGAGUAGACAACGGGUUAUAAACGAGAACUCAUAUAACGGUCAUUCUGAUACGGACAAAAACAACUCACACAAUCUCAGCACGCAGCGAACUAUGAAUGGCGGGUCGUAA